GCCACAGCACAGUGAGGGAGUGUGUGUGUAUGAGAGAGGGAGCCACAGCACAGCACAGUGAGAGAGUGUGUGUGUAUGAGCGCGCCUGCCUGCCUUCCUGCUAGCCUGCCUGACUGUGUGAGUGUGUGUGUGUGUGUGUGUGUGAGAGGGAGAGUCAUUAAGCGUGUGGAUACUACUCCACCAGACUGCAUGUCUCUGGCGACACUAGGGGAGCAGCACACACAUUACAGAGAGUAGGGCUGAACCAGAGUUCUGACAGAACUGCAGGCCAGGAGGACACCAGGACAGUGUGCGGCGGAGUGAGCAGACAAGACAGACAGACAGACUACACAAGGCCUUGCUCAGAAGCCCUAUCAUGGCGUCCAACAACACAGCAAGCAUCGCCCAGGCCAGGAAGCUGGUAGAGCAGCUGAAGAUGGAGGCCAACAUCGACAGGAUAAAGGUGUCCAAAGCAGCAGCAGACUUAAUGUCAUACUGCGAAGCCCAUGCCAAAGAAGACCCGCUCCUGUCGCCGGUGCCCGCAUCCGAAAACCCUUUUAGGGAGAAGAAGUUCUUCUGUGCCAUCCUGUAAACAGGAUGUGGUUUAUUUGGUCUGCUCAUCUUGGGACAUGAACGAGGACGUUCAAUAUGUAGACAUCUUCUAACAGGAGGGCUUGGUGAAGUACUAGUGCCCCUUUCUCUACAAUGGCACCUAAAGAGUGCAAUUAAAAACCACAGAGUAACACGUUACCAUUUACAGAGGUUAAGGGGUGUGCAGCAUGUUUGAUGGAUUCAUCUGUGUAGUCAGAUUACAACAGAAGAUAAGUGUGGUUAUCCACCCAAAAACAUGAUGGACAACCAAUCAACCAAGUCUUCAGGUUGUGUUGGGUUUUUAAAAAUGAAGGAAAAAACAACAACAAAAUAUUGUGUGGUUCUUUUGGAACUUGAAAUCCAAGUGUUAUGUUCAAUGGUUUGUGGUGGGCUGGGUAGGGUAGGUGUUCUGGGUAACUGAGCUGCUUACCACGAGAUAUUACCACCUGUGUAUCUGAAUGUUUUUAUUUUUGUUGUUUAUUUCAUGUUGAUUUUGAUUCUGAGGUUCAUUGGUUUGGCUUAUCACUUAGAUAUCUUUCUAUUAUUGUACAGUACCAGUCAAAGGUUUGGACACACCUACUCAUUCAAGGGUUUGUAUUUAUUUUUAAUAUUUUCUACAUUGUAGAAUAAUAGUGAAGACAUGAAAAGUAUGAAAUAACACAAAUGGAA